UCAGUUCAUCACCUUCGUCAGUGACUCUUGUGCUUUGCAUCGAGUCAGUUAGAAACUUAUAGUUGUCUUGCUGUAAAAUGAAAAAAAUCCAGAUCUUAACCGCUUUGUUGUUUUGUUCCGUCCUGCACAGUUCCUACCUUUUCCCACUCCCUGAACCUAGUCCUCAAGGAAUGUGGAGCGAUGUUAAUUCACAGGGUCACACAGAAGAAGAUGCCUUUAUGAUCGCUAAAGAUGUCACUCAGGAGGAAAUUGAAGAAUUUCAUCGUUCAAAUGGUUUCGUUCCGGCCGAUUUGACUGAGAAUCUAGAUACAGAUGGCCAGGACCGUAGUUUUGGAAAAAAUGGUGAAUCGCUGAAAUUUUGGAAUUGGCCCGCUUUCCACAGUUUCCGACAUUGGAUCGAAGAACGACGUACCACCACUAUCAAACCCAUUCCUGUCUAUAUCGUUAAUAACCCUGAUGAUUCCUAUUCUUUCAAUUAAAUCUACCUAACGUCCUGUCCACCUUAUUUUAUGUAAACAGAGUAGGACUGACUAUUCCAUUGGCAUGAAACAUGUUGACCUGUAUGUGCCCCUUGACGGGUGUAAAAAUGUAAAUAGAUUU